AUGUCUGGUAUCAACCCCAAGGCUCGAGGAGAGGUCAAUGACGCGCUCAUUAGCGCCGGGAGCGACGCCGUUGGAAUGAUGGUUGACGCUGCCAACUACUCUCUUAUCGACCGUCGCAAGAACCAAGAUGAACACGCAAAACGCGAGCUUGCAAAAGAGGCGGCUACGGAGGAGGUGACUAAGGAAGAGGCGACAAAAGAAGAGGCGGCUAAGGAAGAGGCGACUAAAGAAGAGGCGACUAAGGAGGAGGCAGCUAAGAAGAAGGCUAACCCCGCUGUUCGUGCUCAACUCAACCUUCCACGAAGCUGA